GCAACUCCUGCUCUCUGCAGCUCCACAACUGAGCUGUCACCGUCUCCUCGCUGCCAGAACAUGGCACCGGCCUGGCUCCUGUCUCACCUGCCCCACGCUAACCCGACCAGCAUCUCCACUGUCACACAGCUACACGCCUCCGGUAAAGCCUGCUGAACGGGACUGCACACCUGAGCCAUGCUGUCAGGGACAUGGCGGCGCUCUGUGGGGCAUCAGCAGCCUUCUGCCACGCCUGUGGUGACCACCAGGGGGAUGACGGUGUGUGGGGUCCCGAGCGGCACGGUGGUCCUCGAGGCCCAGUACGACUACAACUACCGUGGUGCCGAUGGACGGCAGGUCUGCAUAAGGGAAGGAGAACGGUUUGUUCUCCUGAAGAAGACCAACACUGAUUGGUGGCAGGUACGGAGGAUUGGGGCAGCGAGUAAAGCAAAGCCACUGUAUGUACCUGCUACAUAUGUGACGGAGGUGCCUAUUGCACCCAUGGCGUCGCCACAGCGCCUGGUAGGGUCUGCCUCGCUGAGCUCCAACCUCAGGAUUUUGCCACGGGUGUCACUCUCUCCCAGCCCUUCAGGAACUCCCUACCCUGGACAGCAUCAAGUGAACAAACCCAUCUACCGCUCCAUGGAAAACCUCAACUCCAAUAGUGCCUUCCAGAGGCUGGACAAAAACACCGGUAGCACAGGUGGACGGCACUUCCCCACCCUGCCCCUCUCCGGAUUCUCCUUCACCCCCAAUUGUUCCACCUCCCUGUCGGGCCACCUCAUGGCGCCUGCUGCCUCCAGGCCUCAGACAGCGCCACCGAACCCCAGGGUGGUCCCCAUGAUCACACGGAGCCAGAGCUCCAGCAACCUGCCUGAAAACCUGACGGAGAACCCGUACGAUGAGGUGGGCGGAGGCUUCAGCAGUCGUGUCAGCCACAGGGCCCCGAAGAAGUCCUGCAGCCAGUGGGACAUGGUGGGGGCGUCGGGCAAGAAGAACCAUCUGCAGGUCCCAACAGAGUCGUACCUGUCACAGCUGUCCUGGCAAGACUCUCCUCUUUACACUGAAGGCGUGCAGCCAGACCAGCAGCCGUCGCAGCCCGAGCCGCCCUGCCCUGCCCCGGGUCAACAGCCUCUUCAGAUCAAGGACCUCUGGGAGCAGUACUCGGACCCAGCUACCGGUAGACUUUACUAUUUCAACACCAUCACCAAGGAGAGGUCCUGGAAACCCCCUCGUCGGGCUCGCGGACGCACCAAUAACAAGACCAGUCCAGCACAACCUCAGACUUUACCCAGGGACACCAGCCACCUUUCACUACCCCUUACUGAAACUGGCAAUGGAACUGUGCGCAGGCUGUCAUCCGAUUUGCUUUUCGGGAGCCACCAGAGGAAAAAUGACUGUGGCUGGCAGAUGAAACAGAGCAUGCAGCGCGCAGCCUCCUCCGACACCCUCAGCAUGACGGCAUUCAGCAGUGCAGGUGCCAAGUGCCGUAAUUCUGCCUCCGUGCAUGAAGCCAAGCAGCAGCUCAACCACUCCCAAUCUAUGAUCCUGCCUGAGAAUGGCAAGGUGGCCCAGCAGUGCAGAGAUUACACCUGUAACGUGACCAACAUCGUCGUGGAGCCUCCGUCCCCUGAGAGCUCUACGGACAGCGACGGCUGCAAACCGGAGUUGGAGAAAGCCGGCCUCUUGAACAAGACAAAGAUUGCAGAAGGAGGCCGGAAACUGAGGAAAAACUGGAGUCCGUCCUGGGUUGUGUUGGUUGGGAACAGUCUGGUUUUCUUCAAAGAUCCUAAAUCACAGACACCGUCCAGCUGGAAACCAGGAAACAGUCGCCCUGAGAGCAGUGUCGAUUUAAGAGGUGCACAACUGCAGUGGGCCAAUGAGCUGUCCAGCAAGAAGAACGUCUUCAAGCUGAGGACAGUGACAGGAAAUGAGUUCCUGCUGCAGUCGGACACGGACUCUCUGAUCAGAGAGUGGUACAAAACCAUCCAGAGCGUCAUCGACAGGCUGGACCGUGAAAACCCGCUGGACAAUGUCCUCCUGUACUCCCUGAGGCGAGCCGGCAGCGUGGAGAUGCUGGACCACAGCGGAGAUGAGGACGACAGGAGAACAGCACUCCCUCGCUCGUCGUCCAACCUGGAAAACACGGAGAGGAAGAGAGUAAAGUCGCGACUGAAGAAGCUGAUCCUGAAGAGACCUCCACUGCAGACUCUGCAGGAGAAAGGCCUCAUUAAAGAUCAGGUGUUCGGCUGUCGUCUGGAGAUGCUCUGCGAGCGGGAGAAGAGCAAGGUCCCUCGCUUCGUCCGACUUUGCACCGAGGCCGUGGAGAGGAGAGGACUGGACACCGAUGGAAUCUACAGAGUCUCAGGAAACCUGGCAGUGAUUCAGAAACUCCGCUUCCUGGUGAACCACGAGCGAGCGGUGACUACUGACGGCCGCUACAUGUUCCCAGAGGAGUUGGUACAAGAGGAGAAGCUGAAUUUGGACGCCAGUGAGUGGGAGGACAUCCAUGUCAUCACAGGAGCUUUGAAACUUUUCUUCCGCGAGCUUCCCGAGCCUCUGGUGCCCUACGGCUUCUUCACAGACAUCGUGGAGACAGUCAAGAUGUCCGACUACAUGGAUAAAGUGGAUCGUCUGAAGUGUCUGCUGCUCAACCUGCCCCCCCCGAACCACGACACACUGCUGUUCAUGUGCCGCCAUCUCAGACGAGUGCUGGAAACGUCCGAUUCCAACAGAAUGACCCCACAGAACAUCGGGAUUGUGUUCGGGCCGACGCUGAUGCGCCCGGAGAGGGACAACGGCAACAUGGCGGUGAAUAUGGUUUACCAGAACCAGGCGGUGGAGCUCAUCCUCAGCGAAUACGACCACAUCUUUGGAAGGAGAGGCCCCCCUUGAUCUU